UGAGGCAGCAGGGCCUCAGCAAAGGAGGCGCACCAGGCGGGGGAUUUGUGGGCACAGCGAGGGCACCCAUGAACCAGCAGCUGACAACCAACAGUGACUCAUCUCUACGAAGAUGAUCUCUUAGUAUUAUUCAUUGCAUAAGUUUUCUCAUAUUCAUUUGAUUCUCUGAUGUUUUGGUUAGGUCAACCAGCCUCCUCCGUGACAGCAGGCGGUAAGACGGGUACUGCUCAAGCCGCCCAGAAGUGUCCCCCCUCUGCAGCACCCAAUGCUAAAAACGUCAAACAGAUGCUUCUGGAUUGGUGCAAGGCCAAAACGGAGCCAUAUGAGGGGGUGGAUGUCCGCAACUUCUCCUCCAGUUGGAAGGACGGCAUAGCCUUCUGCGCCUUGGUACACCGCUUCUUCCCUGACGCCUUCGAAUAUUCCACCCUGAACCCUCACAAGCCCCGGGACAACUUCCGGCUGGCUUUCAGCACGGCAGAGAGGCUGGCCGGCUGCCCCCCUCUGCUGGACCCUGAAGACUUGGUCCGGAUGAAAGAGCCGGACUGGAAGUGCGUUUACACGUACAUCCAGGAGUUCUACCGCUGUCUGGUGGAAAAGGGCCUGGUCAAAACAAAAAAGCGUGUUUAAGUUCUGUCUAUCAUGGACAGCAUUAAGUAUAGUGAAGUAGUCACACUAAAUGCUUUUUUCAUUUCAACUCAACAUAUUCAUACUGCUUUGUUAUUGUUUGCCAUCAAGAAAUGGAAGGCAUAGCUUUUGAACAUAGUCAUUACUGGACACUUCAUUAGGUACAACCACACAGUCUAAAUGUGAGAUCAGAAUUGCAAAGUUUACCUAUACACAGAUAAUAAAGUGCACUUUAGAGUGGCAUUGUCAGUCAAGUUCCGUGACAAUGACACGUUGUAGCCAGAUUUUCUAGGUAAAGCGGGGUAUGCGUAUACCGAUAAUCCGGCCUCAUUUGUGCACUUCCCCCUUUCCCGUUAGAAGUCAGCAAAGACCCAAUUAUCGGAUGUCUCUAAAAUAUUAUCUUGAGCAAUUAUCCUGUGGUGUAGGGUCUGUUAAGUGUGGAUUUUUUAAGCUGCCACUGUGGUUCUUAGUAUUGUGAUGGAUUUUUAUUGAAAAUUUCAGUCGGACAGAACAAAGUUUAUUCCCGGUAAUAAAGACGAGGAAAGUAGAUCAUUAUAUGCCUAGUACAAUGAGACAGGUUCGAGUGUUGUAUGGGGCAGUAGUGCUACAACGUCGCAUAGUUAGGAGUUUUUUUAUCGCAAUGAGUGAGUGGCCCCACAUCAAGCGAAUAAGUCCCAGGGGUGCGUGUCUGCGGACACAUGCGAGUGAAUUGACACCGUCUUGCAUGCACAAUAACCUUCAAAAGUGACCUGUAAUUGCUACGCCUGCACCGCCGCCUAGAGCCUCAUGCUGUAGACAGGCUUAUUUUCCUUGCCAAAAGAAAGAAAAAUGUUGAAUAAAACUAGGUAACCUAGCGAGUGCAAUAAACUAUGUAUGAUUUUGUUUACAUUUUUAGGGACAAAGGUUACUAUACUUUUGUCUGUUAAUUUUUUUCAGUGACAGUUUUGUUGUUACAUAUUAAAUCCAAAUGGGAAUAGUUUUGUUAA